ACUCAUGCGGGGGGAGCUUGGAGAGAAGUAGUGUGAAACCAACUUCGCUCUCGCUUUACCGUGUGUUGUGUCAUACAGCGUUAUUGAGACAGCGGAAGGCCGGACUGAGGAACCGUUCUCCUUCAAGGUUCUCCGAGAACAAGCGACAACAUGCUCGCUCGCAUGUUAUUCAACCUCCUCAACAACCUCCAUGUGGUGGAGAAGUUGGCGGAGUCUCGUCCGAUCCGCAGGGCGGCCCAGAUCACCGCCUACGCCAUCACCAAGGCUCAGAUAGCCGGCCGCGACGCCUCGCAGCGGGUCAUGCGGUCGCAGACGCUGCGGCAGGUCCGGGACGAGGCCGGCAAAGUCCCCGGUGACCUGGGAGAGAUGGGCCACCGCCUCAAGAGAGUCAAGGAGACAUUUGUGAAUGAAGUGAAGGGGGGCUGGAAGGACGGAUCCAAACAGAUCAAGAAAUAAAAGAGGACUGGGCUGGCUGUGGAGGUGUUAAAGCGACUGAUAACUUUUAUGGCCAGUUGUUAAUAAGCUGACAACAUCUCUUGUUUUUGUAGAGUAUUGAGCCAACAGUGACUCAAGGGGUUCAAAUGACAAGUGAUGUAAAAACAAUCUGCCUCAGUAAUGCAAUACAAGAGUGUGGUGGUUAAGGUCAGACAAAGGGGCCUUCAUAUUGGACACUGAUCAGUUCACAACCAUGAAUGGUGGUUAUUUUGUCUGCAACCUAUGGCUAGAUACUUUAAAGGGGAUAAACUAAAUAAAUUCUCUGUAUUCACGUCUCUAAGAAUGCAUGGGAAUCCAAAGUGUGUAUUUCAUCUUUCAGAAAGCCUGUGGAAAAGUAGGAACAGUCUAUUUACUCAUUCUAAGUGUGAGGCAAGGUUUAGUAAGGUUAAGUGCACUUUUUCUAAAGUAAAGUGAUGAUUCAAUGAAGACAGACCCUCAGUACUGCCGUCUAUCUAUGGCAUCUUCACUUUAGUCUGCGAUACCAAACCACAUACUGUUAGUUCAACAAAUGAUGUCCUGUUUUUUUCUUCCAUUUUCCCCCACCUAUGUGGACUACAAUCCCACCCCAAAAAGCUUUUAUGGAUCUUUAAGAAGGUGUCCUGGUAAACAAUUUGAUCAGGAAUAAAUGUUCAUAAAGGGAUAGAUGUGAUGAUGAUAUAUAUAUAUAGACAAUGAAUUUACCAUUUGGUUCUGACUGUAUGAAUAAAGUUUAUAAUUUAUA